GUUCUGUCUUUCAGUUUCUCUCUUCCAGGAAGGAAAACAUUCACGGAGAGGGGGAGAGAGCGAGAAAACCAGCCUCACCCUUCAGAUCUCAAAACAUAACACCGGCAAAUUAAAUCAAACAUAUUCACCCGUUCCUUCAAAGGGGAAAAAAAAAAAAACAACCAGCAACCAAACAUCACAACAAAACUAUGCGGGCUGCCUCUCCUAGGGGCAGAUCUGCAGGAUCUUUGGGGUUAUUUGGAAAGAUGGUUGGAGUAACUUCUCCUUAAAUGAUUACGUCUGUCUGUGAAGGAUUUCUGGGUUGGGGAGAGGAAAGGAAAGUGGAAAAAAACUGAGAACUUCCUGAUCUCUCUCUCCUUCCCCCCCCCUUUCUGUGAGACAUGUCUGAGGCUCCUGCUCAGUGUUGCAUCAAGCAGGAAAGAAUUUCCUACACACCUCCAGCGAGCCCAGUAGUGAAUUACCCUUCCUCGUCACCACUACAUGUCCCAGUGCCUCGAGCGAUCAGGAUGGAGGAAGACGCGAUCAGACUGCCGGCACACCUGCGCUUGCAGCCAGUUUACUGGAGCAGGGAUGAUGUGGCCCAGUGGCUCAAGUGGGCAGAGAAGGAGUUUUCUCUGAGGCCGAUUGACAGCAACACUUUUGAGAUGAAUGGCAAAGCACUCCUGCUCCUGACCAAAGAGGACUUUCGAUACAGGUCUCCUCAUUCAGGUGACGUGCUGUAUGAACUCCUUCAGCAUAUCCUGAAGCAAAGGAAAGCUCGCAUGCUAUUUUCACCUUUCUUCCACCCUGGGAACUCUAUCCAUGCUCAGCCAGAGGUCAUAUUACACCAGAACCACGAUGAAGACAACUUUGUCCAGAGACCUUCAAGACCAUCAGCAGAAACAGUCCAUCACAACCCCCCAACCAUUGAACUGUUGCAUCGUUCUAGAUCGCCUAUCACCACCAAUCAUCGGCCGUCACCAGACCCCGAGCAGCGGUCGCUGAAGUCCCCAUUGGACAACACUAUCCGCCGCCUCUCCCCAGCUGAUAGGGUCCCAGGGACAAGGCAUCACCAAGAGAACAACCAUCAAGAGCCCUACCCUCUCUCAGUGUCUCCUAUAGAAAACAACCACUGCCCGCCUCCUCCUGAAGUACUACAGAAGCCUUCCAGCCCCCGCCAAGAGAACACCAGGGUCAUCCAGCUGAUGCCCAGCCCCAUCAUGCACCCUUUGAUACUGAACCCCAGGCAUUCUGUAGAAUUCAAACCAUCACGGUUGUCUGAGGAUGGGCUACACAGGGAGGUAAAGCCUAUCAAUUUGUCCCACCGGGAAGAGUUAGCAUACAUGAACCACAUCAUGGUGUCCGUCUCCCCUCCUGAGGAGCAUGCAAUGCCAAUUGGAAGGAUAGCAGACUGCAGGCUGCUUUGGGAUUACGUCUAUCAGCUGCUUUCUGACAGCCGGUACGAAAACUUCAUCCGAUGGGAGGACAAGGAAUCCAAAAUAUUUCGGAUAGUGGAUCCCAACGGGCUGGCUCGGCUGUGGGGAAACCACAAGAACAGAACAAAUAUGACCUAUGAGAAAAUGUCCAGAGCCCUACGCCACUACUACAAACUAAAUAUCAUCCGGAAGGAGCCAGGACAAAGGCUUUUGUUCAGGUUCAUGAAGACCCCAGAUGAGAUUAUGAGUGGCCGAACAGACCGCCUUGAGCACCUUGAGUCCCAGGAACUGGAUGAACAAAUAUAUCAAGAGGAUGAGUGCUGAAGGAACCAACACGCACCACCUCAGUGGGUCCGUGGGAGAAAUGUCUGCCUGGACGUCUGGAGGAGUUUGGGAAGGGGAACAAGAACACAGGAGCAGAAUAUGGGGUCAACGCUUACCUUGAAGACCAUGCAGGACCCAAAGCACCUUAGUAAAAAUAAAAACUGGCAGAGGUGGUGGCGGCAGCAAGGUGGAGGAGAGAGAGCCUGGACUCAUGCACUACUUCGUUGUCCCUGCCAAGUCUCCCUUGACUUGUUUUUAUUUUCCUUUUGUUGGUUUGUUUCAUUCUUUCCUAAUAAAUAUGCAGUUUGCCUUUUC